AUGUUCGUAACGUCGCUGCUGCGCACAGCGACGCCCGAACAACACCGUGCCGCCAUCCAAGACUACAUGGUGCGCGAGCUCGCCGAAGCAAACCGGCGGGUACAGACUCCCUCGCGCACCUCCCAUCAUUAUGCGAUAAAAAUGGAGACGUCCACGUACUCGGGCGAUGGACCGGAUCGUCUCCCCUUUAAUCUCUGGGUUCGGGAGAUUGAUAUCGCGAUCGCGUCAAGGUUGAUUGACGCUCCGACGGCCAAGGUUAAUUUUCUGCUAUCACGGCUUGUCGGCAAAGCCAAAGAAUGA